GUCCACCGAUCUUAUUUAUUCCCUAUCCAUCCCCAUCAUCUUCCUACUCUAUGAGAAGCUCUCACUCUCACUCGGUGUGCGAAUCAGAUCCACUCCUCACGCCCAGGGGUUGGAACGAGGCCGCAAUACGGGAGGCAUGGCUGGCUUCCAUGGAAGCAACGCAUCGGUGGCGAAGGGGGCAUGAGCGCCAGCGCCUACAGGACUCAGGCGGAGCCGGACGGCACCAGAUCCAGUCGCCAUUUUGAAGACCAAAAUACCUUCUCUUUCCUGCCUCGACAUCAAUGGUGAAAAAGGCAAGCCGAUGUCUUUGUGCGUGACAGAGGAAAAAGAAUUCCAUGGAAGCAACAGCGUUGAGCGUAGGCAAGUCUGCGCUGGAUGGAGCGCUCAGCUACGCCAAGUCCGCCAUCGCGCAGGAGGUGGCUCUGCAGCUGGGCGUCCAGCGAGAUCAGGCUUUCAUCAGGGAUGAGCUCGAGAUGAUGCUCGCUUUCCUGAUGGCUGCGCACGAGGAGCGAGACGAGCACAAGGUGGUCAAGACCUGGGUCAAGCAGGUCCGCGAUGUGUCCUAUGAUGUUGAAGACUGCCUUCAAGAUCUAGCCGUUCGACUUGGGAAGCCAUCUCGGUGGUGCUUCAUCCGGACGCUGGUUGAUCGGCACAAAGUAGCCACACGGAUGAAAGAACUCAGGGCGAAGGUUGAGGAUGUUAGCCAGAGGAACAUACGGUACCGUCUCAUCAAGGGCACUACUGGCCCCAAGCCUGCAACUGGUGCUGGGCCAUCAAACAUUAUUUCUGGUGCAACAAUGUUUGGCAUAGAGGAAGCAAGGAGGCAGAAGGACAAGGCUAAAGUAGAUCUUUGCCAACUGAUCAACGAGGGGAAUGAGGAUCUUAGAGUGAUCGCUGUGUGGGGAACAAGUGGUCUUCUUGGUCAGACUGUCGUCAUCAAAGGAGAGUACGAUAAUCUGAAGAGAAGCAAGAAGUUUGAACUCUACGCUUGGAUCAGGAUUGUGCAUCCUUUCAGUCCCCUUGAGUUCCUCCAGUGCAUUAUGAGUCAAUUCUACCGAACUUCUUUUGAAGAAGCCGGGAAGGUGCAAGACGAAACGAACAUUGGAACUCAAAUUCUUAUGAAGAUGGGGGCGAUGAAGCAAGAUGAUUUGGUUGAUUCAUUCAGCAAGCAUGUGAAUAAGAAGAGCUAUCUGAUUGUGCUUAAUGACCUGUCCACCAUUGAGGAAUGGGAGGCGAUCAAGGAAUACUUUCCAAACAAGAAGAAAGGAAGCCGAAUCAUCGUAUCCACAAAGCAUGGUGAAGUUGCAAGCCUAUGUGCUGGCCACGAAAGUGUAGUGUCAGAGCUCAAGCAAUCAUCUAUUGAUCAGAGUAUUUUUGCUUCCUACAAUAAGGUUCUUCAGAGUCCAACCACAUUAAUGAAGCCAGGCUCUGGCUCAAGUGUAGUCACACAUGGUGCUAGCAACAUUGCGAUGCCGACUGAUGAGAUUCUUGAGAAUCAAUUUGUAGGCGACAAUGAGAAGAUGGUUAGAAAGAGCUUUACUCGUAUUGGGACGAUCUCAUGUGCUUUGGUGGAAUCUCAACUUGUGGGUCGUGAGAAAGAGAAGUCUGAUCUUAUCAAUCUAAUUUCAAAGCAAGACGACCAGCAAUGUACAGUGAUCUCAGUUUGGGGAAUGGGAGGUCUUGGGAAAACGACUCUAGUUAAAGAGGUCUACCAAAGCCAAGAGCUAAGUGGUUUGUUUGAGAAGCGUGCUUGCAUCACAAUCCUGCGUCCGUUUGUUCUCGAGGAGGUCCUUGAGAGCUUAUUUAUGCAGCUAGAUGCAGAAUCCUCUAACAUGAAGGGAAGUAAUGAUUUUGGGUCAGGCACAAGAAAUGUAAAGGAAGAGUUGGGUAAGCUUUUGGAAAGAAAGAGGUGUCUAAUAGUUUUGGAUGAUUUGUCUUCUGCUGCGGAAUGGGACACGAUAAUACAAAGUCUCCCCAAAAUGGAGAAUGCGAGCAAGAUCGUAAUCACCACAAGAGAAGAGAAUAUUGCAAAGUGUUGUUCACCAAAACAAGAAGACAUUUACAAGCUUGAGGUUCUUGAAAAUAGGGAUGCUCUUGAUCUCUUCACCAAAAAGGUAUUUAAGGAAGCCAUAGAUUUGAAUGAACAUCCCGCACUGAUUGAAGAGGCAAGAACAAUCCUGAAGAAGUGCAGUGGACUUCCCCUUGCAAUAGUCACCAUAGGUGGUUUCUUGGCAAAGCAACCGAAGACUCCCAUGGAGUGGAGAAAAUUGAAUGAGCAUAUUAGUGCUGAAUUGGAGAUGAAUCCAGAGCUUGGAAUAAUCAAAACUAUCCUUAUGAAAAGCUAUGAUGGUUUACCAUAUCAUCUCAAGUCUUGUUUCUUGUAUCUAUCGGUCUUUCCUGAAGACUACAGUAUUAGCCGAAGACGCUUGGUGCACCGGUGGAAUGCCGAGGGUUACUCAAGAGAGGUGCGUGGCAAGUCUAUGGGGGAAGUAGCUGAUAGCUACUUCAUUGAACUCAUUGACCGGAGCAUGACCCUACCCGUCAAUGAACAAAUUGGUAGUAGGAAAGGUAUUUCCUCUUGCAAACUCCACGAUCUCAUGCGUGAAAUCAGCAUCUCAAAGGCAAUUGAGGAAAAUCUUGUCUUUAGAAUGGAAGAAGGCAGCAGCUUUAACACCCAAGGCACCGUACGUCACCUUGCUAUAAGCAGCAAUUGGGAGGGUGACCAAAGUGAGUUUGAGAACACAGUGGACUUAUCCCGUAUACGGUCACUAACGGUGUUUGGGGAGUGGAAGCCAUUUUAUAUUUCUGACAAGAUGAGGUUGCUGCGUGUGCUAGACUUGGAAAGCACCUCGGGUCUUGUGGAUCACCACCUCAAGUCAAUUGGGAAGCUCGUGCACCUGAAGUACCUUUCUUUAAGAAGAUGCAGAGGUAUAUUUCACCUACCAGAUUCAUUGGGUAACUUGAAGCAACUCCAGACACUAGAUAUUACUGAUACAUUGAUAAUCAAGCUGCCGCAGGCCAUUAUCAAGCUUAGGAAGCUGCAAUACAUUCGUGCCGGGCCAUAUUAUGGAAUUCUUCGUGCUUACUCAUACAACGAAAUUGUGGAAGUUGUACCAAAGCUGAUGCGGAACAAGCUAUGUGUGUGGACUCUCACUUUGUUGGCCUUUUGUUUGUCAAGUUGCAGCCUUGAGAUUGGGAGGUCUGCUGUCGGCAUUGAUGAUGAUAAAUUUAUCAAUAGGCGUGAUGUGUGCACCUAUUGGUGCUGCGUCGUGUUCCCUUUUAUAGAGAGGCUUGCAGAUCCACGUGGUGUGGUAGUUCCAAAGGGGCUUAGGAAGUUAAAAGACCUGCACACUCUGGGUACCGUGAACAUCGCACGAGGGAAGGCCAUCCUACAGGACAUUAGAAGGCUCACCCGAUUGCACAAGUUAGCGGUGACAGGCAUCAACAAGAAGAACUGCCAAGAGUUCUGUUCCACCCUUGAACAUCUCGGCCGCCUGGAAUCACUCUCUGUGGACUCAUGGGAGGAGGCAGGCCUACGUGGCUGCUUGGAUGGCCUGCGCUCGCCUCCGAAAAAACUCCAGAGCCUCAAGCUGCGGGGCACUCUGGGCAAAUUGCCAGACUGGGUCGCAGGCCUCCAGAACCUUGUCAAGUUGAAGCUAUCACGCACCAGGCUAACGGAGGUGGAUGGCACCAUACAAGUCCUUGGCAAGUUACCAAACCUGGCCAUCCUUCGUCUAAGGUACAAGUGUUUCGAGGCUGAAGAGCCCUGUUGUUUCACUUCCCGUCCGGAGGCAUUAUUCCCGAGUUUGACGGUGCUGGAGCUGCUAGGAGGGUCAGGCAUCAGCUCGUUGGAGUUUCAAGAAGGAGCAGCACCCAAGCUUGAGCUGCUAUGUUCUGAAUAUUCCGACGUCUCUUUUUCUGGGCUAUCAUCUCUCCGCAGCCUCAAGGAAGUCAUGAUUGAUGACUACAGCCCGGAGUGGUUGGAAGACGUGCGGGGCCAGCUUAUCGAGAAUCCAAACAAACCUGUUUUGAAGCGCGGAAUGUGGUGAGCUCCGUACACCGCCAGCAGUCGGUCCGGGUGGUUUCCUUCACUUUGCUUGUUUCCUGCUGUCCCCUUUUCCAUUACGUGUGUCUAAACGGUGAACGAGGUUGCAAUAAUGUUUGUUUGGUGUGUGUGUGUGUAUUUCCAUUUCUACUUCCUAUCGCCUGUGUGUCGAUCUGAUGGUUCCGGCGUGCUGGUCGAAUGUGUUAUCUUGGACCGUCCCAAUGCAAGUUUUCCCUUUGUGUUAUGUUGCGUAUGAAUCAGAAUAACUGGGAGGCGUGCAUGCUUCAUCCUGCAGUACGAAUUGCCAGAUGUAACUAAGUGAGACUCGGAGGCAAUAUAUAGCAUGUACUUUUGUUGGCGUGCCGCCUGCACA